UUUGAUGGUCUUGAGACCUUACUUUCUUCUCUUGCCGCGGUCUUUUGCAAGUCCUCUUUUGCCACAAAUCCCGCCCUCCCCUCUCUGUCUUUAUACUCCCUCACCCACAGUCACUACCGCGAAUGCCUUCAGUUUAAUAUAGGGCAGCGACAAAAAUAACAACAACGGCAAUGGGGUCAAUCCCACCACAGGUCUCGUUCAGUUCUGAGUCAACUGCGGUCGCCAGUCACAGAACAGCGUACCCCUCGUUUGAGGAGCUCACUUCCUUCAAGCUGCCUCUGAAAGAUGAUAUCGUCGACUCAACCAUUGACGAGGUGCCUGACCACUUGAAUGGGCUCAAGAACACCCGUCAGAUUGCUCCCAACCCGUCCACGCCCAGACAUCCCUCUCCCGUCAGCACUGAGACCUCGGAUCGCGACUUCACCCCCGAGGACACCCCUUCGACCAUCCAUGGAGAGUCCAUGUUCUAUCCGCGUCACCCGCUGGCCAACCUCGCGUCCUCCCUCAAAGUGCCUGCAUCCCCUAGGUGGCCCUUCCAAAAUGUUACCCCUCGAACCACGGCCAUGGUGCCCGUUUCCCAAAGCAUCACCAGCUCUCCCAGAACCCUGAACCUGGCCACCAAACGCAGCACCAUAGGUCACGUCAGCGUGUCCGAGUCCUUGGAUGAAUUCCAGAUCAGCCAUCCGAACGCAAAGCUCCUCUCGCUCCACCCUCGGCCCCUCACGUACAACCAGACCGGACGCAACCUCGCAAAGAUCCCGGAACUGGUCGAGAAGCCGGAGUGGAACGUACAGCCCAUCCAAGGCAUGCCGAUGACACACUAUGAGAAGCCCAGACACCCGAGCCCGCGCUUCCUCAAGAUCCGCCGCCGCCGCCGCCGCGAGAGACACGGCCGCUCCGCCAAGCCCCAGACCGUCUGGUACCAGCGCAUCAGCAUCGACAAGAAGGUCUUCCGCGCCUCGGCCAGCAUCGCCAUGUUCUUCGUCGUGAACUCGUUCAUCUCGGCUUCGGCCCUCAUUACCCUCACAACCGCCAGGCUCCCCCUGCCCCACGGCAUCGUCGUCUGGGUCAUCGUCAGCCUCACCACCUGCGCCUUCACCCUGACGACCCUUUACCUCAUGCGCAAGUUCCGCAACGCCGUCUCCUACGACGAGGAGCGCCGCGGCCGCUCCCCCUACCCCAACCUCUCCCUCGACGCCUCCCACAUGUGCAAUAUGGACUUGCCCGCCAGCCCCACCGAGGUCCUUCACCGCCGACAGCUCGGGGCCGCCGCCGAGAAGGAGCAGAUGCAAGCCGAGCGGACGAAGAACGGGCCCGUCGUGGACUCUCGAGGAUCGGAAGGGACCCGGGCCGCCCAGCCCUGUCCCGCCGGCCCUUUUGGCACUUUCUUGCCGAAAUACCCUCGUGACGUCGUCGCCGAAGACUACUGGACCGACAACUCCGUCAUCGUGGCUACCGGCUCCGAGACCAGCUCGACGACUGCCGUCAUCCCCUCGACGCCGAAGGCGACAGCGGAGAGACGCCGAGCGGGACUGUUUGACAGCGGCCCACUGCCGCAGCAGGAGGACGACGAACACGGCUUGAGAGACCUGGAGUUUUCGCGUUGGGACGGAUGGUUGGGGUGGGACUGAAUGGGACGCAAAGCGCAGGCGAUCUCGACAAUGAUACCCGGUGGCGAUGGCGUACUAUUCAGUUUCGGGCGUUUUUCUCUUCUUUUCUCUUCUUUUUAAAACGGUCGACGCGGAUACGCUAUGAAACACACAAUGAAUUUGGGGGGGG